GCAACCUCGACAUAGCUCAACCUAAUUGUCCCUUGGUCGUUGUGUUAGGCGACAUGGCGAUUUACAGUAAAUAUCUGACAGCAAAGAACUCCUCCAUAGCAGGCGGUAUUCUGCUGGUUUUAUACCUGCUGAAACGGAGAAGACGGACGGUCAAACGGGACGGCAGAAAAGGAGGUUCAGAUAUAGUGUCGAACAAUGAGAAAGAUGGCAGAAAAGACCGUGCAACAGUGGACAAGGCUUUCUUCCGCCGAAUCUUCCAGAUUCUGGGGAUCAUGGUACCUCAAGUUUUCUGCAAGGAGACUGGCUACCUUAUCCUUAUUGCUGCCAUGUUGGUGACCAGGACCUACUGUGACGUAUGGAUGAUCCAGAACGGCACCAUGAUCGAAAGUGCAAUUAUCGGCCGCUCGCCAAAAGAUUUCAAGGCCUGCUUGUUCAGCGUUAUCAAAUUCAUGCCACUUAUAGCCUUGGUGAACAACUUCCUGAAGUUUGGUCUGUACGAACUGAAGCUGAGGUUCCGUGAGAGGCUCACUAAGAACUUGUAUGACCAGUAUCUGCAAGGUUUCACCUACUACAAAAUGGGAAACCUGGACAACCGGAUAGCCAAUGCAGACCAGCUACUGACACAGGAUGUGGAGAAAUUCUGCAACAGUGUGGUAGACCUCUACUCUAACCUCAGCAAGCCUCUGUUGGAUAUCGGUCUGUACAUCUUUAAGCUGACAAGUGCCAUCGGUGCUCAGGGCCCAGCCAUCAUGAUGACCUACCUACUGGUCUCAGGACUCUUCCUGACCAGACUGAGAAGGCCCAUAGGCAAGAUGACGGUCACCGAGCAGCGGUACGAGGGAGAGUACCGCUUCGUCAACUCUCGCCUCAUUACCAAUAGUGAGGAGAUUGCUUUCUACAAUGGGAACACCAGGGAAAAGCAGACCAUUUAUGCCACAUUCAAGAAACUGGUGGACCACUUGCAUAACUUUAUCUUCUUUCGCGUCUCUAUGGGAUUUGUGGACAGCAUAAUUGCCAAGUACUUGGCCACUGUAGUAGGUUACCUGGUGGUUAGCCGGCCAUUCCUCAGCCCGUCACACCCUCGACACCUGCACAGCACACACUCUGAGCUGCUUGAGGACUACUACCAGAGUGGGAGGAUGCUCCUGAGACUGUCCCAGGCCCUGGGCAGGAUAGUACUGGCUGGCCGAGACAUGACCCGUCUCUCAGGAUUUACAUGUCGUAUCACUGAACUGAUGAAAGUCUUAAAGGAGCUGAAUGCUGGCAAAUAUGAACGCACCAUGGUGUCCCAGCAGGAGAAGGAAUCCGACACUUCAGAGAAACUGGUACUGGUGCCUGGGAGUGGUCAGAUUAUCAACAGAGAUAACCUCAUCAAAUUUGACCAUGCACCCCUAGCAACACCCAACGGAGACGUUUUGAUCAGAGACCUCACAUUUGAGGUGAGGUCUGGCACCAAUGUUCUUGUGUGUGGACCCAACGGCUGUGGAAAGAGUUCUCUGUUCAGAGUGCUCGGAGAGCUGUGGCCUCUGUUUGGAGGACAACUGACCAAACCUGAGAGAGGGAAGCUCUUCUAUGUUCCACAGAGACCUUACAUGACUCUGGGUUCUCUGAGGGACCAAGUAAUUUACCCCGACACCUAUGAAUACCAGCAAAGGAAAGGCAUCUCUGACCAUGUAUUGAAAGAGUAUCUCGACAACGUCCAGCUGGGUCACAUCCUGGACAGGGAGGGUAGCUGGGACUCGGUCCAGGACUGGAUGGAUGUCCUCAGUGGAGGAGAGAAGCAGAGGAUGGCUAUGGCCAGGCUGUUCUACCACAAGCCCCAGUUUGCCAUUCUGGACGAGUGCACCAGUGCAGUGAGUGUAGAUGUGGAGGACUUCAUCUACAGCCACUGCAGGACGGUGGGCAUCAGCCUGUUCACAGUGUCCCACAGAAAGUCUCUGUGGAAGCACCACGAGUAUUACCUCCACAUGGACGGGAGAGGAAGCUACGAGUUCAAGCCCAUCACAGAGGAGACGGUGGAGUUCGGCUCAUAACUGGAAUGUACUGCUCUGAUGAAACCAGUCCACUAAUUAUUUGCACUCGAGAUAGAAAAUCAUUUUUGAUCAUAUGUUUCCUUUAUGUUUUCUGUUAUUUAAAUCAUCACUUUAGUCUAAUUAUCAAUUUGUUCUGUGCAAUUAUUAAAAAAAAUAACUAUGUUCCUAUAUUGCCAACUUCUAAGUUGUGUUUUACACACGCAAGACCUGUUUCAGUGAAGGUGGAAAUGUGCUCCAUUGUUUUAAUCAUCUCUGCACAUCACAUCAGUAGCAGAGAUUAGCUUGUAGCGAUAGGCUGGAUACCACAGUGGUCUUUGAGGAAACCUGUCCCUCAGUGAACUGUGUCCUGCACAGAAUAAUAUGAACGUUUGUAUUCACAACGUCAUGCUCCUGGCUGUCUUGUUGGUUCUCAUUAAAGAUACACUCUCCACAGCAGUGGAGGCUGGGAAUGAUUUCAGGCCUUAAAAUAACAAAGGAAACUGUUGAUUAUCUUGUUACAUCAAGCUAUUGUCAUGUGGUUACAGCAUAGUUAUCUGAGGAUAAAGAGUGGUUAAAAAAACGUGAUAUAGGCGUACUUCCUACUUCCUGUCAUUUUCACUCUGUUCAUUUCUGGCUGAUUUUCUCGAGGACAAAUGUUGAUAAAAGACUCGUAGAUAUCCCAUGGAGUAAGGACAACUGUUAUCCUGACAUAAUCCUCACAUGAUGAAGGGCCGACCACAUACAAGUCCGAGGUACAAGACAAAUAGGUUUUCAGAGGCAACUCCAGACCCAGCUGGUUUGCAGGUUUUGUGCUUGCGCAUUAAAGUGGCAGACUCUCGAGCAUCCUGGUGGAACUCUUUUCUGUCUGACUGAGAGGGAACACGAUCACAUCACUCAGGCAUUCAGAAGUGUUGAAAAUAUGAACUCACCAGUUGGAAGAGACCAUGAGAAAAACCAAUGUGCCACUUUGUGCUCAUGUGCUGGAGUGAACCUGUAUAUUCCCACAGUUGCUGGUGACAGACUGGUGCUAGUCAGACCUCCGUCACUAGUGGCAGCACUCGGCUCCAGUGAUUUUGCAUUUUUAACAUUCCACCUUUAUCACAUUUUUUAAAUGACUAAUUGUUGUGCGGUUGCCCUUGAUGACUGAUAUGUCGUAUGACGCCCGGAGAGGCCUGCAUUGAAAUGGUGACACUUUUGAAACAAAAUUAAUUAAUUUUAUUUGAAUCUCUGCAACAGGGAUUUGCGAGCAGAGGGCAUUUUGCAUAGAGUUUAACUUUGAUACAUUUUGUGAUUUUUGCUCCGUUGACCAAGCUGUUGUGGAAGUGCUGACCUUUGUGGGACUGGAAUUAUGCCAGAGCAUACAACAAGUAGGAAGCUGCCGCACUGAGCAUGUUGCCUCAUCCAGCUUUCUUUGACAUUGCUCCAUAAUAGAGAGACAGCAUGGGUCUGCAGUCAGUCCAUUCAAAGUGCUCCCCGAAAUCAACUGUGUGAGAACAGAGUUUAUGUAGCAGUGCUGCUCUCUGGUCUGACUGAGCUUUAAUGCGCAAAGUCGUAGGCAGACUAAAGAUUAUGAUUUAAUGAAUGACCAUGGCUAGAAAGCUCUAAUGAAGAGGGAACAUUUCUGAGUUUAUUUUCAAUUCUAACAUUAAUGGAAUGAUUCAGCGUUUUUGCUUUUUUCCUCACCAUGUUCUCGUAGACAACAGCUGUAAGACUAAUGGUUGGGAUAUACUAGCUGUUGCCAGGUUGACCUGUAAUUCAAACACAAGACUGUCCUAAAGGAAACGGAACACAAGGGAAUCUGAUUGGCUGUUGAGUUCACGUGCUUGUUGUCCAACCAUGAAUGAUAUUCCCUGGUCACUCAGCUGGGUUCAAGUUCUUUUCAACUGAUUUGUUGAUUACACGCGAAAUUACAGAUCAAAUGGCAAAUAUUUAUAGUUAUUAGUUAUUUUCUUCUAAUCUUGUUAAUAAGCUUUUUUCAUUCAGUUAAAAUUCAAUUUAUAUUUCUUGGGAGUUGGGAUUCAAAUGUAUGUUAAUGUUACUUCUGUUGAUAACUGAUUGUACACGAGCUCUGUGAAGCAGAGGACUGGCUCUAAAGUGUAAUGAUGACUUUUGUCAAUUGAUCACUGGUACAUUAAUAUGCAGACUAGAUCCUUCCCCAGCCCCUCUGCCAUCACUCAACACCUCUGUUUUCUGACUGAGAAAUGUAAAGAAGUGAAGAAGCAGCCUCAGCAUGGUUUUGUAUGGAUAAUAAUGCUGUAAUGAUCUCACUCUGAAUAAAACAAGCUGUUGGAGUAAUGGAAAAA